AUGUCUCUCGUGUUUUCAAAACGUCCGCAACCAACCCUUUCCAAUCUCCCAUUCAAGUUGACUCCGGCGAAGACAGCGUUAGCAGCAGAAGUACUACUUGCUCAUUUCCUAUCAAGCCCCUGUCCUCUCUCGCGCCCCACGCUGAAUCUCCUUUUCCCUACUCACAACGCCGACCGCUGUCAAUGGGUUGCGGAGGAAAUCUUCCGCUUCAUGGUCGGUCUUCCACCAAUAUCUCACCUCCAGAAUCAGCGUCUUAUCCCCGUCAUCUUUGCAGUGUGCGAGAUGAAAUCCACCUCCGAACAAUUGUCUUGCCACCUUAUGGCAGUGGAAUAUUACCAGAGGUGGAAAGUACAGAGUGACCUUGCCGUCUUCAAUACGGUGAUAGGCUUGAUGGAGACAGUUUGGCGUCUAAUUGAUGACGGAUUGGACCUUGAGAACGUUUGGUGGAGUGAUGUCCCAAGAGUGUUUUGGACCUCGUCAUCCUCGUCGGGUGCAAUGAAGGCCGCUGUGGCGUGGGAGGACGCAGGUCCCGGGAAAGACUGA